AUGUCUACACAUGCCACUGUUGAACCUACCAGCUCCAAGGCACCCAUCUUAACUCAGGGUGACGUUUCACCUGCAGUAAUGAUGGAUUUCGAAAAUGCGGCCCUAGAUUUCUUUGUCUCCAAGUCCAUCCCUGCAGACAAACAAGUUACUAUGGUCAUCCCUGGCAUCAAAGACCUCCAUAUUCAUGAUUGGAUUACUGCAGACCGUACGUGCAUUGUGGCUCCCCCCUUUGCUGAUUUCAUGGCCAAAAUGCAUAUGAAUUACCUUCCCCCUGAUUGGGAAGACCUUGUGCACAACGAAAUCCUUACAUCCAUGCUGGCAAAUUCCAAGACAACCUUUUGGAACUGGUCUCAACAACUGCUGAGGUUGAACUGCCUCUUGCAAGGCACAUCAUCUGCUCUUGACGACACAGGCCUCCGUAAUCACUUAGAAGCACACCUCAACGACAAUCUCAAGGCAAAAGUCAGACACAGUGAAGCUCGCAAAGACAAGAACUUCAAAUCUUGGGUCAUGGCUGUCCGCUUUCUCGAUGAAGCCUGCGCAGUUGAGAUGAAACACCAGUGUGAACUAAUUGAAGAGACCAUUCUUCAGCACCAGGCUAAGCGACAGAACACAAACAAUGACACCUUACAUGGACCAUCGUGUUGCACCAAUACCACCCAAAACAAUACCUCCUCCUCUGCAUCAUCCAGCACUUAUGUCCAGCUUCCAGCUCUUACUGACGACAAAUGCGUGCUCCUCAAUGAUCACAAAGGGUGUACCAAGUGUUGCAAACUCUACAUGGACCAUCGUUCACAGAAUUGCCCAGACAGCUUCCCACCUGGCAAGGGUUACAAGACAUUGACCAACACUGAUGUAACCAUUGCAAAGAAAGCCAAAGUGACUGCAAAAUCCAUCAAGAAAGCUGUCACCACUACCACCACAACAAUUGAGCCUGUUGACCCUGACGACAAGGUUUCUGCAGCAGCCGCUAUUCUCCCAAAAUCUCCCAGUGAGUACAACUCAGAUUCUGAUGAGGAUUGGGAUGUUUCACACUGUGAGGGAAAACCCAUGCACUGA